AUGGAAGACGCCGCCGCGGGCACCGGGCCACGGGACGAUCCCGAUCGGGCGCCGCCGGACCCCGCCGCCUCCCCCGUUGGUGGCGUGAAGACGGAGACCGCCGGUGGGGCGGAAGCGCCUGCUGCGGCAGGCGUGGCCGGUGAGGCCGAGCCGGGUGGAGGCGCGGCGGCGGCGCGGCGUGGGGGUGACGCGGUCGCGGAGGCCUCCGCGAGCGAGCCCACGGCGGAGUCUAACGAAGACGGCGGCGCUUCUGCUGCUGCUGCGGGCGAAGAGCGCCCCGCGGCGCGUGAGGCGGGCGGGGACGGCGGCGCGGGCGAAGGGCGGACUGCUGUGCACGCCGCGAGUGAGGUGGCUCAGGGCGGCAUUGUGGGGGGAUCGCAAGAUGUGGAUCCCGCGGUGUCUGAGGCGAAGAUUGAAGUGGACGAGGGUGGCGACGCGAGCAAGCAGAAGCAGCGCUCUCCGUCGCCUUGUAUGGCCAGCGAGGUGGAUGUGGGGAGCGAUCCGGGGGCAGCGCAGGAUUUGGCUCCUGUGGCGUCUGAAGUGGAGAUGGAGGUGGAUGGCAGCCGUGUUCAGGAACAAGAGUGUGCAGGAGCGGCUGGGGCGUCUGAAGUGAAGAUGGAGGUGGAUGGUAGCCAUGUUCAGGAACAAGGGUGCGCGGGAGCGGCUGGGGCGUCUGAAGUGAAGAUGGAGGUGGAUGGUAGCCAUGUUCAGGAACAAGGGUGCGCGGGAGCGGCUGGGGCGUCUGAAGUGAAGGUGGAGGUGGAUGGUAGCCUUGUUCAGGAACAAGAAUGCGCGGGAGCGGCUGUGGCGGGAGAGGCUAAGGUGGAGGAAACUGAUGGAAGGGUGGUGAACCAAGGGCCUGCUUCCACAUCUGCUGGGGGCCUUCAGGUGCGCGCCAAGGAGGCGGGGGAGUGCUUGGUCGGCCGUUACAUUGGCCGCCACGUGCCAGGGCAUGCGAGCCUUCUUAUUGGGAAGGUUGCGUCCUAUGAUAGCACAGCUGGCGUUUACAGCGUGGUGUUUGAGGACGGACAUGCUGAGGAUUUGGCGUUUCCUCAGCUCCAGGAGUUCCUCAUGCCCGACGAGAAUUGUGCGUUAGGCAUGAAGGUGAGCUGCAGGAAGAGGAAGCUAGACCUGUUGGUUUUGUCGGGGAGUGCCUCGGAGGUGAAAGAGCCAGCAAGUACUAGGCAGAGGGUUGACGGAUGUGAGAUGCCUGCCAACCCUGAUGCGCUGCAGUGUAGUGGGUCUGGCUCGGAUAUGUCUGGGGAUAUCGAAUCUUCGAGUAAUUCAUCUGAUUUCACUAAAGAAGAACCAUCCGAGACGUGCCCUCCUGUACAGGCUGUGGAGUUGCCCCCGUCAUCGGGAGACAUUCCUGUGCCAGAAGAUUCCAUAAGCUAUCUCUUUUCGGUUUAUAACUUCCUGCGAUCCUUCAGCGUGCAGCUGUUCCUGAGUCCGUUUGGGCUGGAUGAUUUUGUUGCAGCCAUUAAUUGCGCUGUUCAGAAUAACUUGUUGGAUGCCGUACAUGUCUCGCUACUGCGGGCACUGAAGCGGCAUCUUGAAUCUAAAUCUGCUGAAGGAUCUCAGAUGGCUUCGAAUUGCUUAAAGUAUCUGGAUUGGACAUUACUAGAUGCAUUGACUUGGCCAACUUUCUUACUAGAGUACCUGUAUGUGAUGAGGUGCAUUAAGAAUCUAGGGGCGCAGAGUUUUGCUAGAAACCUCCUAGCUGCCGAAUACUAUAAACUUCCUGUUGCCACGAAGUUGAGGGUGCUGCAAAUACUCUGUGACCAUGUCCUUGAAUCAGAAGAAUUCAAAACUGUACUGGAUGAUCGAGUAGGCUACAAUGAGGAGAUGGAAUAUGAGAUAGAUUCUAGCACCUUUUGGGAGGCUGGUUCAAGGGCAGUCUCGACUAGAGCCUCGAAGGCCUCAGCUUACAAAAUGAUGAAUGCUUUACAGAACUUUGAAAGUGCUCCAAAUGUAACAAAUCCAGAUGUUGCUGUAGCAGAUGUUUCUCAGGACGGCAAUAGUGAUGAUUGCCGAAUAUGUGGAAUGGAUGGGACUUUGGUAUGCUGUGAUGGCUGCCCAUGGGCAUAUCAUUCGAGAUGUAUUGGUCAAAACAAAGCUUUCCUUCCCCAUGGAGACUGGUUCUGUCCAGAAUGUGUGGUCAACAAGCUUGGACCAACUUCGUCAAGAAUUGAACGUGGUGCAAGAGGAGCUCAAAUGUUUGGCGUUGAUAUGUGCGGGAGGCUAUUCAUAGGAACCUGCAACUAUUUACUGGUGAUCAAAACAUCUUCAGAUGUAGAGUCUUAUGCAAGAUAUUACAAUCAUUAUGAUGUUGUCAAGGUCCUCCAGAGACUUGCUCCCUCAGAUGCAUAUGUGGAUAUAUGCAGGCAAAUAAUGGAAUACUGGAAACAUUUACUCGGUACAGUUCAGAGUGAGAGAUCAACAAUAUUGGAAGAAGUUGGUACAAGACAUACUCCACAAUCCAGUAUGUUGAGUUUUACUCCAACAAAGUCAGAAGAUGGAAGUGGCUGGACAACUUCAAAAGAUGGUGGGGACAGUAAAACAGUAGCACUUCCUCAAACAAAUACACAACAGAAAUUUGUCGCUAAUCAGUAUACAGUGUGCUCUGCUGAACACCUGGAGAAACAAAAAUGCAUGUCAAGCUUAGGUGUUGUCACCGAGAAGAAUGUUGAAGUUUGCAAGGAAGCUCUGUCAGCUCAGAACAACAUACAUAAUGCACCUAGAAAUGGAAAUUCUGGACCAUUUGUGCCAUCCUCCAUUUCUCAUCAGAAUGGAUCCGUUGGAAUGGUUAUGUCUAACAUAGCACAAGCACAGCCAGCUCAUAGUAUAUAUCGUCCAGAUGUAUCCACUGUUUCUGCAAAGGCAGAAUCAUUUCGUCCAUCUUUGCAAGAUAAACACCACCUUCAGCUGUUUACUGAAAGAUCUGGAAACAUGAGUUGUGGCAAGGCAGCAAAAUCGUCUUCUUUUAAACCACAAGCAUACAUGAAUCUCUACAAUCAUGGCAACAUUGCAGCGUCUGCUGCUGCCAAUCUAGCUAUUAUAACAUCCGAUGAAGGUAAGGUUUCUGCAUCCCAACUGACCUUAAAACCAAAGAGGAAAGUGGCUGCAGACAAUGCUCUACAGUUGAAAGCAUUUUCCUCAGCAGUCGCACAAUUUGUUUGGCCGAGUACUGAAAAGAAGCUUAUUGAAGUUCCAAGAGAUAGAUGUGGUUGGUGCCUUGCUUGCAGAAGUUCAGCAAGUGGAAACAAAAAGGCUUGUUUUCUUAACAUGACCACGACAAAUGCUGCUAAAAGUUCUGCUCGAGUUCUUAGCACCAUGCGUGUAAUAAAAAAUUCUGACAGCCACUUCCCCAGUAUUGCUGCUUAUUUAGCCAACAUGGAGGAAAGUUUGCGUGCCCUGUUGGUUGGUUCACUACAAGACGUGCAGCAGAGAGAACGGUGGCAUCAACAACUAGAAGAAGCUUCCAGCUGCAGAACUAUAAUACCCCUCUUGCUUGAGUUGGAAAGCAACAUCCGUGGAGUAGCAUUUUCUGCAAGCUGGUUGAAGCCAAUAGACGAUUGGCCUGUGGAAUCUCCGGGUCCAUCGACGGUAGCAUCUCGUCCUGCACAAUACCAAAAGCGUGGGGCUGGUGGAAGGCAUGGCAGAAAACGUUUGUUGGCAUCUGAAUCUGGUACUGCUACUGACGAUGACAACAGCUGGACUUGGUGGACCGGAGGAAAUAUAACAAAACGUACUUUGCAGAGAGGGGCUCUUCUACAUUCAACCAUAAGAAAAGCUGCUCGCCAAGGUGGUAAAAAAAGGAUAGCAGGUUUAUCUUACCAUGAAGGUUCCAAUUUUCCAAGACGAUCUCGGCAAUUUUUCUGGAGAGCAUGUGUUGGACUAAGCCAGACUUCAUCUCGACUUGCUCUGCAGGUUAGAUAUCUUGAUGCCCACAUCAGAUGGAAGGAGUUCAUCCCUCCAGAUCAAAUUCCUUCAGAUGGAAAAAGCUCUGAUGCUGACUUUUCUGCCCUCAGAAAUGCUGUACUCUGUGAUAAAAAAAUAAUCGACAAUAAGAUAAGAUAUGCACUUAAGUUUCCCAACCAAAAGCAUCUUCCUGUCCGUCUGACAAAAAAUAUCUUGGAAGCAGAAAGUGAUCAGGAUGAAAGUAGAAAAUUGUGGUUUUCUGAAAACCAUGUGCCACUGUACAUGUUACGAGAAUUUGAGCAGCAUGCUGAGGCUAGCUCCUUGCCUACUCCAGGAAUUCCAGACUCUAACUGUUUUACCAAUUUAUACCCAAGGCGAGUAAAAGCAUCUGACGGAGAUGUCUUUUCCUAUCUCUUUCACAAGGGAGAAGUCUAUCCCUGCACCUCAUGCAAGAAGGAUGUUCUCUACAGGGAUAUUGUUAAAUGCAGCUCUUGUCAAGGUAAUUGUCAUAAAGAGUGUACAUCAAGAUCUGUUGUUAGCAAAGGAGGCAGUGCUACUUCCAGUUUGAUAUGCAAGUUAUGCCUCCAGAAGCAGAGUCUUAUGCUCACUAGUUACAAUACAAAUACAAAUGCAAGUUAUAUCCAGCAUCAACAGAAGAGUAAUGGCCAACAGCCAGUGGCCGCUCCCAGAAUUGUAUUUAAGGUUACUUCUUCCCAUUCUGCUGAACCUGCUCCCAAAGUUGAAGCCGAGCCAGUCACAAAGGUUAAAGCACAACCAGUUGGAAAGGUGGAAGCUACAACCCAGCCAGUUGUGAAUGUGAAAGCCGAGCCACUCGUGAAGAAAAAUAAGAAUGACAAGGAUGAUGGAAGUGAGUUCAGGGCGAAUAAUGUAAUCCUUAAAAGCAAGGAUGGUAUAGGUUCGUCAAUAAAACCAAAAUGUUGUCUAUGUGACAAAGCUUAUUCUCCGGAUUUCCUGUAUGUACGCUGUGAGAAGUGCACAAAUUGGUUUCAUGGUGAUUCCUUGCAACUUGAUGAAGAUAGGCUUGGUGAGUUGGUUGGAUACCGAUGUUGUAGGUGCCGAAGGAGAGCCAUACCCCCAUGUCCUCAUUCAGAUAAUUAUGUAAAGCCUGAACCAGAAAUUAGUGAGCAAACAGUUGCAACAUCAUUGCUGUCAACUAUGCUAUCUAGUGAGGAGACUUUUGCUUUAGCAGAUCAGGACCCACUGCUUGCUUCAUAUGGAAUAGUUGAACCAAUUGGGGAAGAAACAAGGGAUGUUGAUAUAUCAGCGAACACGGCAAGCAUUGCCCCAGGAAGUAACCAGAAGCUGUCUAUAAGAAGAGCACAAACUAAAAUUUCUGAAUACCUUGAUCAAGCUGGUAAACCUGUGAAUGAGUAUUAUAUCCAGAAUACACCUUCAGGCUAUGGAAACAUCAAUUUCAGCCAUAUGAAUGAAAUUUCUUUUUCGGAGGCUGACAGUGUGGAUGCUUCAGAACUAUUGGGGUGGGAUUUUUCCAAAGGAACUGCAUAUGCUGCCCCACCUGAUUUCACUUCUAAUCACCAGCAGAAUGACACUAGCUGUGGCAGCUUUGUGAUGGACGAGUAUGAGCCCCAAACUUAUUUCUCGUUCACUGAGCUACUUGAAGCUGAUGACACACACCUUGACAAUGCAUUUGGGAUGGCUACUGGUCUCCAAGAUGAUGUUAACGGCACCGGAAGCUUUGCUCAACAAGGAGUUGGUUUUGAUGAUAUGUCUUUCAUGGUAGAAGAUGGAGCUUCAAAUAUGAACUUCCCAACAAAUGGUUCCACACCUGAAGAGGUAGCAUGCCGCAACUGCAUGAAUACUCAGCCGCCACCCGAUCUACGAUGUUCUGUCUGUGGCCUGCUCAUACACCUGCAUUGCUCACCGUGGGACCAAGGUUUAGAGCCCGUUGUGAGCGGCAAUUGGAGUUGUGGUGGUUGCCGCGGAUGGCAAUGA